AGUGGCAGAAGCGGCGCGCACCGCCAGCCACCAGGGGCGUGGGAUGGGGGUGGCGGAGGAGGGGGGCACCCUUAGUGAUUAGAGCCAACCGCGCACUUCAAAAGGCUGUGGGGCUGUGCUUCCCUUCUGCGCCCCGGGAACUUCAAAGCGGCGGGCUCUGUCCUGGCCGCCUCGCUGCACUCUGGGGCCUCGCAGCCCCGGCGCGGCCGCCGGUGGCCAUGGCCCGAGCGCUGGGCGCUGCGCUUCGCCAGGCUCUCCUGCUGCUCGCCGCGGCCGCCGCGCUCUCUGCAGGACUGAAGUGUGUAUGUCUUUUGUGUGACUCUUCCAACUUUACCUGCCAAACGGAAGGAGCAUGUUGGGCUUCAGUUAUGCUAACCAAUGGAAAAGAACAGGUGAUAAAGUCCUGUGUCUCGCUGCCAGAAUUAAAUGCUCAAGUCUUCUGUCAUAGUUCCAACAAUGUUACCAAAACCGAAUGCUGCUUCACAGAUUUCUGCAACAACAUAACAUUGCACCUUCCAACAGCAUCACCAAAUGCCCCCAAACUCGGACCCACGGAGCUGACCGUUGUGAUCAGUGUGCCAGUUUGCCUCCUGUCUGUAGUGGCAGCGCUGAGCAUUUGGGCAUGCCAAGGUCGACAGUGCACAAACAGAAAGAAAAGGAGACAGAAUGUGGAGGAGGCCCUCUCUGAAUGCAAUCUGGUAAAUGCUGGGAAAACUCUGAAGGACCUGAUUUAUGAUGUGACCGCCUCUGGAUCCGGAUCCGGUUUACCUCUGUUGGUUCAAAGAACAAUUGCCAGGACGAUUGUCCUUCAGGAGAUAGUAGGAAAAGGCAGAUUCGGUGAGGUCUGGCAUGGAAGAUGGUGUGGGGAAGAUGUGGCUGUGAAAAUAUUCUCCUCCAGAGAUGAACGAUCCUGGUUUCGCGAGGCAGAAAUUUAUCAGACCGUUAUGCUGAGACACGAGAACGUCCUUGGUUUCAUUGCUGCUGACAACAAAGAUAAUGGAACUUGGACUCAACUUUGGCUUGUGUUGGAGUAUCACGAACAGGGCUCCUUAUACGAUUAUUUGAAUAGGAACAUAGUGACCGUGGCUGGGAUGACCAAACUGGCACUUUCAGUGGCUAGCGGUCUGGCCCACCUUCAUAUGGAGAUUGUUGGCACACAAGGUAAACCUGCUAUUGCUCAUCGAGAUAUAAAAUCAAAGAACAUCUUAGUGAAAAAAUGUGAAACGUGUGCCAUCGCGGACUUCGGAUUAGCUGUGAAGCAUGAUUCCAUACUGAACACUAUCGACAUACCUCAGAAUCCUAAAGUGGGAACCAAAAGGUAUAUGGCCCCUGAAAUGCUUGAUGAUACAAUGAAUGUGAAUAUCUUUGAGUCCUUCAAACGAGCUGACAUCUAUUCUGUUGGCCUGGUUUACUGGGAAAUAGCCCGAAGGUGUUCAGUUGGAGGAAUUGUCGAGGAGUACCAGUUGCCUUAUUAUGACAUGGUGCCUUCAGAUCCCUCGAUAGAGGAAAUGAGGAAGGUUGUUUGUGACCAGAAGUUCCGACCAAGUAUCCCAAACCAGUGGCAAAGCUGUGAAGCACUCCGAGUCAUGGGGAGAAUAAUGCGUGAGUGUUGGUACGCGAAUGGGGCAGCCCGCCUAACUGCCCUUCGUAUUAAGAAGACUAUUUCUCAACUUUGUGUCAAAGAAGACUGCAAAGCCUAAUGAUGAUAAUCAUGUUAAAAAGAAAUCUCUCACAGUUUUCUUUCUCAUUUCUCCUCUUUCCAUGAAUGUUUUUGCCUUUUUUGUUUUUGUUGUUGUCUACCUCAGAGAUAAUGCUGUACAGUAUUUAAGUGUGCAAAGGCAGCAUGGAAAAAUAACUCUAAAAUCAAACAGGAGUUGACUUUG